CGCGUCUUCCGGCGUCGAGCGCCGUCUGACGAUGGCAUCUCUGCAUCUCCGGCGCACUGCCACCCCUGCUGGCCAUUCAACCCUUCUUCUUCGGCACCAAGUCGCCACGGGCAUCCGUUUCCUGGUGUUGGAUCGUUCAAUACUAUGAAAGCUGCAGCGCCCCGCCAAGCGACGCCCCCAUCAGUUGGUCAUCCAGCAACAGACAGCGUCGGUCCGUGCUCCUUGCCGCCCCGGCUGCCGUGCACCCACACCGUUGCCCGUAUCGACGAGUAGACGACGCAUUCGCGAGCGCCACCAGCCACUGCGGCAUUACCGAGAUGCCCAAACAACACACGAUUGUUGGUCGGUCGAUACCCCGGUUCACGGCCCGCCGCUUGACCCUCCUGCUCCUCGGCCUCUCCAUCCUCGCGGUAACUCUCAUCACCACGCUCAUAUCCGCUGUACCAUCCUCUCCGAGCCUGUCUGCCUACGACACCAAGAUAUCCGUGCCCCGGAUCGGCGACCUCAGUGUCCCCCGCAUCGGUGGUUCCCUGUCCAACAGCCCUCUGAACCCUUUUCGACAGCCGGCCCACCCCCCACCGAGCCAACAGAAUGACAAGUUUGCCGGAUCGUGGUGGUGGGCUGACUGGAAGUGGCUGUCGGUGCCUUUUUCCAGCACCGUCACCCUCAACGAGGAUCGUGCGCUGCUUCCUCAACUCAAGCCGCGUCAACCGAUAUAUUGUUACUACGAUGCCUCCGUCAAGAAGACUCGCGACGAAAAGGACGCCGAGAGCGAGCUGCUCCUGACUUGGCGACGUGCUUGGUGGGCGCAGGGCUUUCAGCCCGUCAUUCUGAGCGCCGCCGAGGCCAUGACCAAUCCAUCCUACGACACGCUACAGCGGCUAGAGGUUGAGCCCGGCGUCAGGGUGGACUUCAUGCGCUGGUUGGCGUGGGAGACUAUGGGUGGCGGGAUACUCGCGCACUAUACGUUGCUGCCGACAGUACCCAGGGAGGACCCCGUUCUCUCGUACCUACGCCGUGGCGAGUAUCCGCAGCUCACUCGCUGGAAGGAGAUGGAGGAUGCGCUCUUUGUAGGGCACCAGGACGCGGUCAGCAAGGCGAUACGGGACAUGACGCAGCCCUCCGCGAUCAAGUCUCUCAAGAGCGGCCUGCUCGACGCACCAGAUGGCGUCUUUGAGGUGGAUGAGUCGCCUAUGCCGCUGGCCGCCUACACCCAGGAGAUCAUCUCCAGAAAGUAUAACAAGGUGGCAGACAAGCUCAACCAGGAUCGGGCGGAAGGUCUCCGCAGCCUGAAUAGCCUCAUCAACACUCACCUGCAUGUCGCCUGGCAGAACCGGUUCCCCCACGGCAUCGACGUCUUAAAGCCCCACCCAGAGCAUACCACGACCAUGGUCAGUGCAGCUCUGAAGCUGGCCCGUGGGCUGGCAUCUUGCUUCGACGGUCCAAUGUCUGCCACUUGUCCGCCCAACCUGCCAGAUUGUGCGCCUUGCGUGGCUACAGCGCCCAUGCGUGUCGGCACCCCGGCGAGAUUCCACAACUCGUCACACAUAUUCACCAUCGGCAUAGUCCCCCAUCCCUGGACCCUGGCCCUUCUUUCCAACCUGCGCGAAUCAUUGGACGUGUCUUGGAUCCGCCGCGAGUCUCCACGCGACCCUUGGAUCACGGAUGUGACUCGCAACAUGCUGGGCACCGGCGUGUCCGGGCCGCGACGCGUCAUGACCCUGAAGGAGAUUAUUGCGAGCGAGCACGCAGUGGCGCACUCGCUCUGGCUCGUUGCAGAGAACGAAAUGCCCACCGACAUGAGCUGGUACUUUGGAUUUACCAUUCCCGACAAGGCCCUCGACGAUGGCAAGGCGCAGAGUCCGGUCCCCGCGGACCGGCUCCCAAAGAAGGACGAGAAGAUGCCGGACCGCAGCAACGGGCCUGUAGCCACGGAGGAGGAAAUCGCCUUGGAACCACCUCUGCUGGAGAGGGCGAGGAACGUCGUCGCCCAGACCAAGUCGAGCAGCGAGACGAGGCUGCGUGCCUCGCUGGAAGCCUGGAACAUGGGCGACACGGAGGUGUGGAAGUUUGUGCGUGCCUUCCAAUCGCGCAGGCUCAUGGUGAGGAUGGCGUGGGAGAAGGAAGAGGCAAAGUACAGCAGCGGAUCCGGCACGGAGAAGGGCCGCAGCGCGUGGAACCGGUGGCAGGAUCGCAAAGACGCUGCGAAGCAUGCUUGAGGGGGGGAAGAGUUACGCGCGCGUGGGAACGUUCCUUGCAUUUGCACCAGCGUUGAAGGCAGUAGCAGCUCUCCGGGGGAUCGUAGCUUGCGUAUCUUGAUGUGAUUUUACUUGUAUAGACGGAGGCAGCGAUCACCGUGUCCUGGCUAGAUAUGUGUAUAUUUAUCUCUAACGUGACCCUCGACGGGUCAUGAUAAAAUAGGAAGCGGCUCCUGAACUGGAGCAUGUUGAAUGCCCG